CAGAGCUUCGAAGCUUUGAAUCCAUGAUGGAUUUUCAAGCUCUUGUCAAGUUUGCAUUGAUAAGCUUUGAUUCUCUUGCUUGACGUGCUUCCGUUCAAGCAAUCGAGGCUAAUUCCAACCCUGAGACCAAGAGAGUGGUUACCUACUGGAUUAUCUUCUCAUUGAUUUGCCUGUUUGAACAUGCUUUCAUUGGAAUCCUUCGAUGGCUGCCGUUCUGGCCGUACAUGAAGCUAAUGAUCAUCUGCUGGACGACGAUACCCCGUUUCGACGGGGCUCUUUACGUCUACGACCACUUUGUUCAUCCAUGUGUGUGUGUGUGGAUUUGCCAACCAUCAUUAACUGGUUCAGGAAGCUGCAAGAGUUCUUUUUGAACUACGAUUUUCUUGGUGAAGAAGCUCAUGAAUGUGUCCAGGCACAUGGAUCACCUGAAGCUAAAGAGCCAAAGGGGACUGAGCCAAGCAUAUUGCAGAAAGACAUAAAACCUGUCCAAGCAACAGAGAAAGGGGAAGUUGCUCCGGUGAACCCGAUUCAGGCAACCGGACCCGAUGCCGUUAAGGCAGUGAAUGAUGCUAUGACGCUUCCGGAAACCAGCGGAGAAGUGGGUUUUGAGCUUACCGAGAUACCUUCGGAUAAGCAAGUUCAGAAGGAGUGGACUUGUGCUAUGUGUCGAGUAAAAGUCACAAGUGAGAGAAUAUUGAAUAUCCAUCUCCAAGGAAGGAAACACAUGAAUGCAUCUGAGAGGCUAACGAAUGCAAAGAACCAGCCUUGCAAAGGCAAUGUUGGUUCGGGUUCGGCCGUUGAACCUCGGAAACAUGGCUCAAUCAGUAAUAUCCAGGGAAGCCAAAAGAAGCAAAAACCUCCCAAAGGCCAAGUAUCAGCUGCUUCUUCAGUGGCGCCUAUGAACUCUGAUCCUCCCAGCAAUAAUCCAUCCACAUGCGACAGGGCAGUGAAUCCUAAACCCGACACAGGCGAAUGUAAUCUACCGAAAGAGGAAUCGGAGAAGUCGUUACCGACAACUAAUAUGACCGGAAAUCAAGUAAAAUCGAGUGCAAAUGUAGAAGGGCUGCAACAGGUUGGAAAGGAACAUGGUGAUACAAAAAUCCCUCAAUUUCGUUGCACCAUAUGCAACGUAACCUGCAGUCGAUCGGAGGACUUGAACUGUCAUCUCUGGGGAAGGAAGCACUUGGCCCAGAUUCAGAAGCUAAAUAAUCUUCAGAAAAGUGAACGUACUUGAGUCGAGCUUCAAAUAUCCAGUCGUAAAACUUGUGUAA